UACCUCAUCCCCACGCCCCACAAAUUCUCUCUCUCUCUCUCUCUCUCUCUCUCUCUCUCUCACACACACUGGAACGGUGGAACCAGAACAUGGAAACAAGGCAAAGCUCGAGGAAGCGAAAGCAUUCACCGCCGUCCCACCCAUUCACGGGCACUUUCACCAGGAGCAAAUCUCAACUAUACAUCCAUCGCAACCGCUCCGGCCGAGCCCGAUCCGACAGCUUCCGCAAAAGCCAGCACGUGCACCUCUCCCUCGACUUCAUCCCCCGCCAGCGAAGUAAACUCGGACCCCUAGUCAGCCAAGAAGAGCUGUUGGAUAGCGAUGAGAUCAUGUCUCGCAUUUCCAUCAAGGAUCUCCGCGCGAGGCGGGUCUUCUCUCGUUCCUCGAUCAUCGAUGAGUGCUGUGCGGAGAAAAAUAGUGCAGUUGGUAAGUAUUCUGAUGCUGUUCAUCCCUCUGAGAAUGGAGAUUUUGUUAAACUUGGUGGUGGGGUUGCUCAGUUCAAUAUCGGAUCCUCUGACGUGAGUUCUAUAAGGGAAGUUUCUUGUGGCAAUAAAGAUGCUAGAAUUGGCUCAUAUUCUGAUGGCAAGACCCAUCAGUGUGUUGCAGAAUUUUCUAUCGACGCUCAGAAUCUGAGUGCUGCAAGUACUGAUAUUUUGUUUUCAACUGAAGAUGAUAAUUUUAUCAAUGAAGAUGUCAAUGUUGGUUCGUGUUCAGAUGUUGAAAAAUCAUCAGAGACAGGGGAGAUGGAGAAAUCUGGAAUCGAAUUCCAAUUUGAAGCUCAAUUUUUAGACAAAACAAACCCUAAUUUGUCUGAUUCAGCGAUAAAUCUAAGCCCCUCUAACGCAGAACAGAUGGGGGAUGGAGAAGGUGAUAUUCCAAAUGCGGUGGAUGGUUCAAAUGAAGGAUGUGUUCACUCCACCCCACCCGAUGAUAUAUUUGACAAGCCAGGCGUGGAUGAAGAUGGAAGAAACAGAGCAGAAUGUGCUUGGCCGAACUCGGAUCACGCUCUGGUGAAGCAAUCAAAUGGAAGAAUCGAAAGAAACAAUAUCUGCAUUCACAGUGGUUCUCGCACUAAACUUGAAAGGAGAAGUAACUGCAUUUCUAAGAGCAAACCGGUCCUUAGUCCAUGCUCACGGCUAAAGGUGUUCAAAACUCCAAGUUCCUUCAGCUACAGAAGAUUGCUUCCAUACCUAAUGAAUAUUACUUAUGAUGAUUCCUGUGCCUCAAAGAAUGAUGAAUGCCCUAAACACGAGAAAGAUUUGGAAGAGAAGCCAUUCUCAUUAUCAUUGGAUUCUCAAUGUCAAGGGAUCCCUGAUGUUAAAUGCGAGGCAAAUGGAAUUCCCAGGGAGCAUCACACCAAUGACUCUGAUUCUUUGUCAGCUAUUACAUUGAUUCACGCAAAUGGUUCAUGUAAUGACAAUGAACCAAAUUUGACUCGGUCAUCACGAUCAUUUGAUUUGCAAAGAAAUUGUGCAUUAAAAGCUGACCAAAUUUCGGGACAACCCAAAAAGAUGGAGCCUGCAGAUGAUAUUGCGAGCACAAUUCACAGAACAGAUAUGUCAGUUAUACCAUUAAAUUCUUGCGUUCGUCCCGGAGCUUCAUGUGGAGAAGACAAUGUUGAAAUAAAAGUCUCUAAUAAUUCUGCUGCUGAAGUUGAUGAGAACUGCCUGAUGUCAAGUGUACGAUUUACUACAGGUGCAAGGCCAAGAGCAGCCUACCUGGGACAAAACCCUUCCCAAGUUGAAACCCUUGCCCUCUCAGGAGUUUCUGUUCCUGGUUUCUCAAAAGGGAUCCUUAAGACAAAUCCUAGAGGAUGCAGAGGACUCUGUACUUGUCUGAACUGUGCUUCCUUUCGUCUCCAUGCAGAGAGAGCAUUUGAGUUCUCCAGAAAUCAGAUGCAAGAUGCUGAAGAAGUUUCUUUGGACUUAAUUCAGGAAUUAUCAUACCUACGAAAUAUGCUGGAACAAUCUGCUUCCAGCCGUAAACAUUUUGCUGUUCUACAGAUCAAUGAGGUGGAAGAAGCAUGCAGGAAAGCUUCUAUAGCAGAAGAAGUGGCGAAAAAACGUCUCAGCCAAAUGAAUGAUGAUCUGAAUAUUCACUGCAGAAUCACAUGUUUGCAGCGGCCAAGGGUAAAGUUUGCCAAUUGCGUUGAAAAGAGGGUCAUUCCAAAGGCGGAGUUUGCGCAGCCAAUAGGUUCAACAGAAUGAAGAAGAAGACGGGAGAGAGAAUUGCCAUAUCUUCGAGUGAUUAUUUUUUCUAAUUUUUUUUUUUAUUUUAAUCGAGGGCAGGUUCUCAGUACUCAGUAGGUAGAUGAAAGAUGGGGCUGGGCUAUCGCAUCAAACCUUGAUGUGAGCGCACAUCAGUGUCAAAUCUGGUUGUCGUAUAUUGUGCCCAGUAAGGAUAAAAAGAUGUACAUGUACGCUUUCAGGUUUGAAUUUUUAUAUUUUUAUUGACAACUAGAUUGCUGUCCCUUUAGCACUCUUUGUUAAGGAACAUGCAAUGCAUUUGAAGA